GUUAGAUUGAGAACACUUGGAGGCUGCUAUGAAUGGAGACAAAGCAUUGAGAAGAAAGUGUCAAGAGAGAUCUCCCUGACUGAAAUCAACACAGGAUUAUAAAGUAACAGGAAAAAGAAAUUAAAGUCUUGUGUCAGUCAUGUAUACAGUAGUAUUACAGAAAUCUGUCAGAGUUUCAGGUGUUUGUCAGUGUAAACACAUUACCCACGUGUCAACAGACCGGGUCUGGAUCUGUGAUGGUAAAGGCAAUCUAAUCUUAACUAACAUGAGAGGUGACAUUCUAGAUCGUGUGACGGAUUUAACUGAAUAUGGUGGCUAUGGAGUACAUACAGUGACACAGGAUAGUGCUGUGAUUUAUAUAGACAGACACAGUAACAUCAUAAAACGAUCUAAAGAUAGAGUAAAGACCACAGUGAUACCAUACACAUCACCAUGGGAACCAGAGUGUGUCUACAGCUCCCCCUCCACUGGAGACCUGCUGGUCGGAAUGUCUAAUCUAAUGACAGGCCAGGUACACCGUUACAAUAAGACAGGUAAACACAUACAGACCAUACAGCACGACAACACAGGUCAGGGAUUGUAUAUUUAUCCUGGAUACAUCACAGAGAACCGCAAUGGAGAUGUUAUUGUGUCUGACUAUGGGCGUGAUGUUGUAGUGGUGACAGAUCGUGUAGGGAGACAUCGCUUCUCCUACAGAGGUCCUCCAUCAGGAUCACGACUAUAUCCAUGGGGAAUCUGUACUGACGCGCUGUCACACAUCCUGCUGUGUGAUUAUAACACCUACACAGUACAGAUGCUUGAUAAAUACGGUAACUACCUGACACAGUUAGAUACAGAACAACACGGGAGAGACAGACCAGUCAGCCUGAGUUAUGAUGACAAAACUCACUGUGUCUGGGUAGGAUCAGACCGCCACAACACAGUGACCAUCUACACACUUAUCUAUGGAGGGGAUAAUCUGACUGAUCCAAGCAGUGAUGAUAUAAAUAAAGUGGAUGAGUUGAAGAAGUUUCUGAGAAAGAAGAAGACAAGUGUUUCCCAUGCCAGAGGAAUACUUGUUGGAUGUGCUGAUGCUGGAAAAACGACGCUACUAAAGAGAUUAAGAAAGCAAAGUCAAAAUGUCAGCAAAGCUCCAAAGUCAUCCAGGGGACUAACAACACUGCUGAAGCGAUUAAGAGGGAAACACCAAGAUGUCAGUGAAGUUACAGAGUCCACCAGGGGACUGGAAGUCCAUCAUCAUCUCUUUAUUGUUAGAGAUGGAGUUUUAGAAGUGGCUAAUGAUGACUCGCCAUUCAAGUCAUUUAUCAGGAUAAAUGCUGCAGAUUUGAAAGCAGACCCAAGCAGUAGUGCCGUUGCCAGCUCUUAUGCAAAUGAAAAAGAAAAUUUGAAAGUAGGAAGUACUGAUAAAAGUGCUGAAGUAGAUAAUAUCCGCAAAGAAAAGAAAGAAGAGAAUGUGCAAAUGCCUAGUUCACCAACGGAGGACACAGAAGAAGAGAACACAGUAGAGGUAAUGGCCAGUCUUAUCUCACAGGAAGCUACAGCUAUGGUGAAAGAGGAAAUUUUUCAGAAAAUCUUGUCUGAAAAAGAGAAGUUAACAACAGUAAGCAUGCUGGAUUUUGCUGGGCAAUUGGCGUAUUAUGCCUGUCACCAAAUUUACGUAACACCAAAGGCUUUCUUUAUCCUUGUGUUGGACAUGACUAAGAAGUUUGAGGACGUUGUCAGUAAAGAGAAAGAUAACCAAGAAGGAUCAAUCUUCUCUGUGUGGACAUACAAAGACUACUUGAAGUUUUGGAUAACCUCAAUCAAGACAUUUGGAGGCAAAAAGGCACCUCUGUUUCUUGCUGUCACACACACAGAGAAAAAAUCUAAAGAUGAAAUAGAGAAGUAUUUUAGGGAGUUUUGGAAAGCUGUACCAGACGAGGACAGAGAUUGGUUAAGUGAGUCUCUGAAUGAUCGGGAAUAUGCAGUAGGUCUGAAGGAACUUAAUGAUAAUACCAAGGAAAUGCUAGAGUCAAUGAAAAAGUCCAUAGUGGAACUAUUCACAGAUGAGAACAAUACAAAAGUUGAAUUGCCUUCUUCGUGGGCUUUAAUGGAGCAGUUAUUAUAUGAAAGAGGGUGGAAAGUUUUGUCCCUGAGUGAAAUCAGGAAGCUCAACUCAUCUCUUCCUCAUGAAUACCAAAUCAAAAGUGAUGAAGAAAUGACAAAAUUUUUAAAAUGUUUCCAUGACAGUGGCCUUCUUUUGAAUUUUGAAGAAGCGGACUUGAGGGAACAUGUUAUACUAGAUAUUCAGUGGUUUGCUAAUGCUUUCAGUAAGAUAAUUGCUGAUGAAAACCACAUCAAUAAAGAUUGUAAAAGGAAAUUAAUCAGAGAGUGGAAAUCCUUUAACAAAACGGGGGAACUAAAAGAUAAAGUGAUAGAUGCUUUGUGGAAAGAGGAACCCUCUUACUUGAAACAUAAAAGUGAAAUUAUGCCGUACAUGGAGAAGCUUCAAAUGCUAGUACAUUUGAAUGCAUAUGAGGCUGUAUCAGAAGGUGGCAUGUCAUGGUAUGUCCCGUGUAUGAACAAAAAGCAGUUUAAAGCUGACUUCCAUGAAAAUAAAUGGGAAUGCUCAUCCAUUUUGUGCUAUCGAUUCACUUCAUUUGCCAUGUUUGUGUUCUACAGACUGGUAGCAUACUGCAUAAGUUCUCUAAGAUGGAGUGUUGCAAAAGAUGAAGAUAAUGAAGGAAGCCCAUGUCUUUAUCAAACGGCGGCAGUGUUUGAUCACAAAGAACACAUUGUUGUUGUUGGCAUAUGUGAUGAUGAUAUUCAGUUGCAGGUGCUGAGAAUCAAACCAUUGACUAUAGACAAAGAAGUAUCAAAUGAAAUUGGAGUCUCCAUUGAUAAAGCAAUACAAAAAUUGACAGAAACAUUUAUUGGCACAAAGAUAUUCCUCAGAGGAUUCAAAUGUCAAAAUAUUAUUUGUGAUGAGAGAGAUGUGUCUUUUACCCUUUCGAGUGAGCUGUCCAAUAUCAGGGCUGAAGAAACGCAGUGCAAGUGUCAACUACAGGAGAAACAUGUGAUUAAUAUACAGAUGACUUUGGGAUUCUGGGAAAAG